GCUGAGGGGUGGCCGGGCGUCACCUCGCCUCAGCACCUCGGGGCGCCGCAGACUGGCGGUCGCCGGCCGGGAGCCGCCUCGUAGCUCGCACCGCUCUGCUCCGGAGCCCGGUCCGGCCAGGCGGCAGCAUGGACCUGGAGAGUAAAGUGAAAAAGAUGGGCUUGGGCCAUGAGCAAGGAUUUGGUGCCCCCUGCUUAAAAUGCAAGGAUAAGUGUGAAGGAUUUGAGCUUCAUUUCUGGAGAAAAAUAUGCCGCAACUGCAAAUGUGGCCAGGAAGAGCAUGAUGUCCUCACAAGCAAUGAGGAAGAUCGGAAAGUGGGGAAGCUCUUUGAAGACACAAAAUAUACGACCCUUAUUGCAAAGCUGAAGAAUGAUGGCGUUCCCAUGUAUAAACGCAAUGUAAUGAUACUGACUAAUCCAGUGCCAGCCAAGAAGAAUAUAUCCAUCAAUACUGUGACUUUUGAGUGGGCUCCUCCUGUUCAGAAUCAGACACUUGCUAGACAGUAUAUGCAGAUGCUACCAAAGGAGAAGCAGCCUGUUGCUGGCUCGGAAGGCGCACAGUACAGGAAGAAGCAGUUGGCUAAGCAGCUGCCUGCUCAUGAUCAGGAUCCUUCAAAAUGCCAUGAGCUCUCCCCCAAUGAAGUGAAGCAGAUGGAACAGUUUGUGAAGAAGUACAAAAGCGAGGCGCUUGGCGUAGGAGAUGUCAAGCUCCCUGGUGAGGUGGAAACGAGAGAUACUGACAAGAAUAACUUGAACAAUGGUGACAGAGGCACCUCAGCUGCUGUAGGAGCGAUGGAGGGCAAGUCCCCAGAUCAGAAGGCAUCUCAGUAUUCCUGCUAUCGCUGCAAACUGAACAUGAAAGAAGGUGACCCAGCUGUCUACGCAGAACGUGCUGGGUAUGACAAAUUGUGGCACCCAGCUUGUUUUGUGUGUUGCACCUGCAGUGAACUUCUAGUAGACAUGAUCUAUUUCUGGAAGAAUGGUAACCUGUACUGUGGAAGACAUUAUUGUGAUAGCGAAAAACCCCGCUGUGCUGGAUGUGAUGAGCUGAUAUUCAGCAAUGAAUAUACUCAAGCGGAAGGUCAAAACUGGCAUCUGAAACACUUCUGCUGUUUUGACUGUGAUUGCGUUCUGGCUGGGGAAAUCUAUGUAAUGGUGAAUGACAAGCCAGUCUGCAAACCCUGCUAUGUGAAGAACCACGCUGCGAUCUGCCAAGGCUGUCAUAAUGCUAUAGAUCCAGAAGUUCAGCGUGUGACAUACAACAACUUCAACUGGCAUGCUACGCAGGAAUGCUUCUUGUGUUCCUGUUGCAGCAAGUGUCUAAUUGGCCAGAAGUUCAUGCCAGUGGAAGGGAUGGUCUUUUGCUCAGUGGAAUGUAAGAAAAAGAUGAUGUCUUAAGAGAAGACAUGCACAGAACCAAGCAUUGCUGCGUUCCAAAGGCUCUUGCAUUUCUACUGUAAAAUACAUAGUAUCGGGGCACUUAAAGUUAUUGAAAGCAUUAAAUAGCAUUUUCCCAAAGAUUUUUUUUUAAUGACUAAAACUUGCUAUGUAAUCUUAAUUUCUUAGCUGUAAUAAUACUUUCUUUUUUGGAACACUGUUCCCACAUCUUAUGUCAAAUGACUGUAUCCCAGAAAUGCAAGAAAAAAUGUGUUAUGAACUAUAUACACUUUAAGGGAGCUCUUCACUGUGAAGGAUCUUUUUGCUGUAUCUUGUCUAAUGAAAGAAGAAAAUGUGAAAAUGCUCCAAUUUUUCUUGUUUUGUGUGAUAGAUGUAACUCUUCCACUUUUGGGUUCACUAAUUUAUCAUUUUUAUAGUUUCCCUGCUUUCAUCAAGCACUUUAGACAGAAUGAUCAGCUUUACCACCACAUCAUUUUGUUCACUAGACCUCAAGUAUGCAGGGAGAAGGAAGCUUAAAAAAAAAGUUGUCUGUAAUCUUUUGCUUGUUGUUGACACGUGGGUUCUUGAGGGAUAGUGACUACUCUCACACCUAGUUUGUAAACUAACUCUGCACCAGUAGAAAACUGUGUUGGCUCAUGUGUCUCUCUUACAACUGUUCAUGCCUGCAAAAGUUUUCAUUUUAUGAAUAUUGAAGUUAUUUUACAGAUGGCAGGGUGAGAAAAUAUAAUAGGUCUUGCCCAGAUUUAAAAAAAAAAAAAAAAAACAAACCACCACCAACAUCAGUGGGUGUCACACUCAGCCUUUCAGAACUGGCUUCUGUUUUUUCAUGAAUGUUCUUUUCAUAAAUUCUGCCUUCUAUCAGAGGGAUGUGGCACACAAUACUGUAUGUAUUUCCAAGAAUGUAAUUCUGCAAAAGGAUCAUACUUAGGCUUUUGAUUUGUAAGUUCUUAACCAAAGCACAAAGAAGUCUUUCCCAGAAGACUUUCACUAUUUGAGUGAAAAAAAAUCACAGCUGUGUAUUAGCUUUGCUUACUAGAUAAACCAAAUGUGUGGUUCUCUUUUCUUAAGAAGAGCUACAUUGAAACUUGUUAGCUAUCUUUGUGCCAAACAGUGAAUGGAGAGUCUUUGCCCCCCCCCCCAAAAAAAAUAAAUAAAAAAAAAAAAAUCUAUGCAAGUCUUAUGUUCAGCUCAAGUUUUAUGGUGGCUGUAUUGUAACACUUACAAAUAAAAAUUAGUGUUGUUCACUU